UGUCUUCCAGCUAAGCUUCAAAUUCUGUGAAAUUAGAGCAGAUAUUUGCAUUCAUAUUCAUAUUUUGAGCUGGUUAUUGUUUUCAAUAAACGUGUGAACGGUACAUCGCAGCGGUGACAAAGGCUUUUAUGGGUGUUAAUACAUAAUGAAACAAUAGCACAAUCGGACUGAAUCGUUGUCCUGUGGUUAAAGGCGAUUAGCGAAAGGAAAGCGAAAGAAACGCAACAUGCUGCUAAUUGUAGGUGUCGCAUUCGCUCCCGCAGCUUUCAUCCAGCACGAAACACAAAACGACAGUUGUCCAGCUCGUCAAGAUCGAAGUACAUUUCAAUUUUACGGCGAUACGUUCACUACGAAGUUCAAUAGCGUCAGUUCGUAUACGGGGCAUUUUGAAGAGAGCGACGGCUGUUCGGCGAACACUUAUCGACCAAGUUACGAUCUUCAUUGCAGAGAAAAAAGAAAAUCACCACAUGAACACAUCAAUUCGAUAAUCGACGUGCAUGUAAACUAUAACUGCCCUUCUAAUCGUCCAAGACAUACAAGAAAGAGGCGCCGCGAAGACCAAAUUUCAAGUUUCCUUUCUUUGUUAUGCGGUAACGAGCGGUUGAAAACAGACAUCGAAAGUAGAUCUCUGAUCAUUAGCGAAAACAAUAACAGCGACAGGUCGACUAAUUUGUGCAGUAAAUAUUCUGAAGAUUUGACAAUUCCAUUUAGUACAGACUCAAAAAUCAAUUUGGAUCCGGUAAAAGUGGAAAUAUAUCAGAACGGAAGGGAAUCGUUAUGUCAAGGAAAUCGUCACAUGGGAGAUUUCAGGGGUUCCAUUCUAGCAGAAACAGCGGUUCAGAGUACACCAUCAAUAUGUCUUCCGAGAAACUUGGAUUAUGCAUACAAUUCGACGCUUCAUCAAAUGGCGGGACAGACGAAAAAUCGCCUUCAUCAUCAAGUGGGAUUUGGAAGCCCUUCGGUAUAUUUUCCAAAAUACGUCAACACUGUUCCAGAAGUAGAUAUCAACAGGUGCCUCAGCAAGAAGAGAAUGGUGGAGGAAGUAGAGGAGAAUCAGGAGAUGAGGAUGAAGAAAAAGAAAAUGUCGGAAAAGAAGUAUCACCGACACGCCAAGCCACCGUAUUCUUACGUGGGUUUGAUCGCGCUCGCUAUUCAAAGUUCUCCGACGAAGAUGCUCAAGCUGUCGGAGAUUCUUUCCAAGAUUAGUACUAUGUUCCCCUUCUUCAAGGGGGAAUAUCAGGGGUGGAGAGACUCGGUUCGGCAUAAUCUUUCUCAAAAUUCAUGCUUUAAAAAGGUUCUUCCCGAUCCCUCUCGACCCCAUUCCAAGGGAAACUAUUGGACAGUAGACAUCGCUAAAAUACCACCAGAUAAACUGAAACGUCAAAACACCGCUGUAUCAAGGAACGUGGCACCUGGAUUUUCUUACGCGAGAGAUCUGAAUGAUAUUUUCGACCUCGAAACCGGGCAAUUGAGAGCUUCCGCAAAGCAUGUUACGUCGUUACAAGAUGGAUUUUUCGACAUAGGAUCAUUCCCAAAUGAAUCAUACUGUGGAUCCACAACUGGCUCUUCUAACUUGGAACGACAAAGCGCUGGCUAUACGACGUCGUCAAGCAACUCUGGAAGCUUAGCACCGACUCCUGGCAGCAAUGUAUCAGCUGACUUUUCCCAGUUUUCACCGCCAAAUAUCUUUCCCGAAGAGAAAAUCACGAUUCACAAUGAACCACUUGCAUCAAUUCAACAACCAGACGAUGGCGGUAGAGGAUCUGCAUUGCAAGCAAAUAAUUGCGCGAUGCAGAGUCUCGCACAGUUGCCAUCACUGCACAGCCUGCCAACACCGACUCCUCAAAUAGAGAACUGCAGUGAAAUUGGAGCGGUCUCUUCGGGACUGAAUUUUCCGGAUCUGUCACUUGCCAAUGGAAUGCAACCCUUGGACACAAGAAGGUAUUCUUCAGACAGCCCUGUCCCAACUGAGACGUCUUCGGAUUCUGAAACUCGACAUCUAGCGCAAAGUAACAGUGAUAAAUCAAAAACAAACAAUGGCUGUAUGAGAAAGAGAAAGAAUGCUAAAUAUAACAGACAAAGAAGAUUGCAACAUGCUUUUAGGAGGGACAAAAGGAUGGCAGAGAAUGAGAACGCUCCAACAAAAUUGCUUUCAAAUUCGUGUGGUGCUAGUGACAGCAGUCGAUUGUCUUCCAAUUCUUCUACAAAUUCUCUUGAAAUCGCCACUGAGUCUUCUAAGAAACUUGUCCGUGACAAAGAAGAGAAAGAUAGUGAAGAUACGAUCAUGAAUAAGGUCGUGGAUGAUCAAGUUGAUCAAACAACUGUCUUACAUUACGGAGGCUCGAAAUCAGCAGAAUAUAUUGAUCCGGAUCAAGUUGUCAAAUCCAAAUCCCUGCCCGUGGUAACACCGGUCUCUCCACUGCCCUCUGCAAACUCCGAACUGACUGCUAAAGUUCCACCUCCCAAUCAAGCACCGUUCUCAGCAAUCGAAAAAACGAAAACACAAAAAGCGUGCACAGAAAUCGCCUCAAGAGACGAUUCUGGCGAAGGAAACAGCAAGUCAUUUGAACCGGUCGGUCCUCCAAACGUGACUUUACCAAUAUCUGAGAAAACGACUCAACUCGAUUCUGUUGUCACGCAUUUGCUUCAUCAAAAUAUGUCGCCUCAAAACACGGAUCCUGCUGUUGAACAUUGUUCAAAUCUUAACAACAAUAAUAUAUCAAAUCAAGUCGAGACAAUGGAUACAAUAAAUUGUGUGAAUCUCGCAGUUCCCAACAACAAUAUUUUCCCGGAUCAAUUCGAUUUUAUAAAAGAACAGGCAUCAAUAUUAGCCGGAAAGACGGCUAAUAUAACAAGUACUAUUCCACCUCAUCUUGGUAUUCAUAAUUCAACUGGUUUUGAAUUUGGUACCAGUAAUAGAUUACCGCGACAGCCCGUCUAUUUUCCGCCUUCUCCGAUGCCAUCAAAUCCCCCGACACCAUCUUCUUCUAUUCCUGGUUCUCCCAUCAAUUAUUUUCCGGGCGGUAUAAAUACUUUUUCUGUACAUCAAAACAGUAGUUGUCACCCAGAUAUUCCACAAUCCCAGUUCCCUUCACAUCAUUUACCAUUUCCGCCAAAGCCUUCGUUGCACGACCCAAAUUAUUUUUUAUCAACACGUCAAUUUUCUGGGAUGGAAAACCAUGUUCCAUUGAACACAUCGAUUUAUGGUCGGAAUAAUUUCACUAAAGGCACUGGUGCAGGUGUUGGUACGCACUCGGAGUUAUUUCCACAGACUUUUUUGAUGCAUCCAAGAUUGCAUCAUCCCGCUGCAGUGGUCCGUAAUCCUUAUACUUAUCAACAUCGUGCACCGAACUGGAGCCUUGUUCCAAAAUAGCCACAGUAGUAAAAAAUCAUAAUAUUGACUAAUUACUAUCAUUCGCCCGAAAGAAUUUCGACCUCCAUAGUUUGCAAUGGCAGCAGAAACGAAUACUACUGAAUAUUUUAAAAUGCCGUUUGUUACAGAUAUACUAAGACUUCAAUACUCACAUUUUUGUGUGAAAACCUCUGCAAAAUAUGCCAACUUCAUGAUUAUCAUCAUGUAUAUGCAACGCGCAUGUAUUUUCCUAUUUUAUAUUAUCGCAAUGUAUUUUAUGCCAAGUUUUAUUGUUGAAUAGGGAAUAUUUAAUCAUAUCACCUCACUUUUUUGCAAAAAGAUCAAUACUCACUUUCAGGGUUUUGGUUUUCCUCACUUCACAUGCUUUCUGAGAGCACGGGAGAACGUGGCCGUGAUUUUACCUGGUAGUUUGUGACCGGUAAUUUUUUUCAUUUUCUGUUUUGUUAUUGUUUAUUUAAGAUCAGUAUUUAUUAGUUUAAUUAACAAUGCACCGUGCGACGGCAUGGAGAUAUAUAGUCUCAACUAUACGAUUUAAUAGCUUUGUCUGGCGCAUAGCUUUGUCCAGUCAAGAUUAGUUUGAUUUGCACUUUUCAUCCCAUUAUUUUGUCAAACUUGGAUAUAUCGUAAAUUAACCGUCGAAACAAUGCACCUGAAAUUUUGCACAAGACAAUCUUUUGAUAUGGCAAAAUGUUUAGCUAUGACUGCCAAAUUCGGAUUACUUUCUUCGACUAUUUCGACUUCGAUUUUGUGAUCCAUUAUGCAUAUUUUAUUUUGAAUUCGUUUUUAGUAUCAACACCAUUUCUUGCUUGCAGUGGUUGUUGCAUCACGAGUUUUUUCUUACUGUUUUUGAUUAUCAUAUUUGCUCAACGGAGCAAUUUUAGGCUAUGUAUUUUUAGCGUGGCGUGUUAUAUUAAUCGGAUUUUUUGUUUCUCCCUUUUCUUUCUUUUUUAUUUCAAGAAUUAAAUUGAAUUUGACUUAUACUACCUAGUUGUUACUUUACUUUUAUUCAUUGAUGUAAUCCAUACAAAUCAGACGUAUUGGAGAUUGAAUUAAAAAUUGUGCCAAACGCUCACUCGUAAACUGCAUCCACGCAAAUUUAAACCCACAAAUUCUGAAUACUUGCAAUGCAACCAUUACUUUUUCCAACAGUAAGGCCAUAAAUGUCCAUAGCAGAAAUAAAAAAAAUGGUGAU